GGCGGCGCUCACCCAACACGCGCCCGGCCUUCCCCACGGCCACGAGCCAGCCACCUCCGCGCGCCGUGACGUGAGCUUCGAGAAGCCAUCCCCCAAAUCCGCCUACGCUUCCACCUCCUCCUCCACGAGGCGAGGAAACCCUAGCGAGCGGGUGACGACCGACGCCAUGGCGCUGCUCCCGCGCACGGCGCGUCUGGCCCUCCUCUCCACCCCGCGGGCGUACUCCGCCGCGGCGGCCGCGGGCGCCUCACCGUCGUUCCCGGCGCCGUACAGGGGCGCGCCUCCGCCGGCGCCGAUGUCGAAGGCAGCCGAGUUCGUGGUCUCCAAGGUGGACGACCUGAUGAACUGGGCGCGGCGCGGAUCGAUCUGGCCCAUGACCUUCGGGCUGGCCUGCUGCGCCGUGGAGAUGAUGCACGCCGGCGCGUCCCGCUACGACUUCGACCGAUUCGGCGUCAUCUUCCGCCCCUCACCGCGCCAGUCCGACUGCAUGAUCGUCGCCGGCACGCUCACCAACAAGAUGGCGCCCGCCCUCCGCAAGGUUUAUGACCAAAUGCCUGAGCCUCGAUGGGUUAUUUCGAUGGGCAGCUGUGCUAACGGUGGUGGAUACUACCACUACUCCUACUCUGUUGUACGUGGAUGUGACCGUAUUGUUCCCGUGGACAUUUACGUCCCUGGAUGCCCACCAACUGCUGAGGCUCUACUGUACGGUGUUCUUCAGCUCCAAAAGAAGAUCAACAGGCGCAAGGAUUUCCUUCACUGGUGGACCAAGUGAAGCAAUGCCUGUUCCUGUUCUUGCUUGUGUUUUAUUUCUUUGCAUUCGACCUACUUGUUAUCUGAAAUAAGAACAGCAUUGUGCUCGAUUUGCAAAGAUGUUGUGCCUGGGAGGAUGUAUGCCCAGGUUGUUUGAUGAACAUGGGACUCGUGCACUGGGACAGACCAGUUGUGAGCUGGUUUUCGCUUUCCAUUGUAAUACAGCAAUGCACCUUGUUGUCUUGUUUGUGUA